AUGACAGAUCAACAAGUGACGAUUAAAUCAGAUACCAAGAAAAAGACACCAACAACGAAGAUAUUCAAACAGAAAGUAUAUCGAUCAAGCGUACCUCUAAACAAAUUCAAACCAUGGAUAGAACAAACAAUUAACAAACUACUAGAUAACAUAGAUGAUGAGGUAUUACAUGAAUAUAUUUAUGAACUCUUGGAUACACCAUUGGAAGACGAUUCGAUUGAUAUAAUCAACUUGCAGCAACAACUACCUGCAUUUUUGGAACCUUUGGAAACAUCAACUACGUUUUGUAUCCAACUAUGGGAUUUGAUGUUACGAGUUCAACGAGGGGAAAAACCAGAAGAGUUGUACCCUGUUGCAGAGACAACUUCUUCAGCUCAACGGAAACCACAACAUUUAAUACCAAGACCCUCAAAUACCGAUUCAGCUGUCAAUCAAAAGAAAAGAACAAAUUAUAAUCGAACUUCAUCCUCAACUGAUGAAUAUGGUGGACAUGAUGAUGGAAAGUUGAAAAAUAGAGGAAAUCAUAAUACCUUUAGGAUGCGAGAUUACAGAGAUCGUGAGCAUAGUAAAUAUAGAGAGCAAGAUUCAUGUCGCUAUGAUAGUUAUAUACCAUCUAGGUAA